AUGUACCUACGAAGGUCGGGGGCGGCAUUCGAUCCUCCGGCCAUUUUGGUUACAAAUGUGGGGGCCGGCGGCCUACGACUGGACGACCAGCUUAACAAGGUGCUCCAUGAACGUCUUGAGAGAGACGUCGUCGGUGUUGACGACCUGCGCAUCUUCAGGGUAGUCGCCGUAUCCCGAUUUGUGUGUCUGCGAGGGGUUGACCUUGGCGAGCAGGAACCUCGCCUGGCUUCCUCCCUGGUUGCACAGAAUGAACUUCGGCGUCGGGAAGCGCUCGCUGAGGAUGUGGUUCGCGUCGCUCGCGGGGGCCUGCAGCAGCUCCUUGAAGUGGGCGUAGUCAGGCUUGUCCUGGAAGCCCUGCUCGCGCCACUGGUGGAUCAUGUCUCCGUACCAGAUGAUGACGUAGAAGAACGAGUCCAGCAUGAGGAUGACGUUCUGCUUCAAAGAGCACGCGUCGAGCAGCACCGGGUGCGGCGUGGGCUUCUCGAAGGAGUACUCCAGCAGCGCAGGCUGGAUCAUAAUGAGGCUGUUGAUGACGUUCUCCCUCAUGAACACCGUGCGGUAGAACGCCGUCUCGUCGGGACUGGCGUUGAACGUCUGCAGGAAGUGCGACCUCCUCAGGUGGUACAUGAACUGCGGGUAGAUGGAGAACUCGUUAGCGAGCCUGAAUGUGUGCACGUCGUUCCUCUGGUAGUCGGCGAACUUGGCUAUGAGGCUGAUGAGGCUCUUGUCCAGCCAGCGCAGCACCGCGAUGGAGUCCUCAGUCUCACUCUUGUAGAAGGCAUACCUGGCCAUGAGAACCGCAGCCGCUUCCUGGUCGAACGAGGGAGCGAGAUGGGUGAUGUUUGGCUGUGCGUACUUGCAGCUGAACGAUGUGACCCUGAGGCGCUUCUGACCGCUCGAGUGGAAGUACACGGUUUGGAACUGAAUGAACGCAGUUUUCCCCGCAUUCUCAGAGGGCCUAAACUUGUUCUUGUUAGAAGCACCGAUUGUGCUUAUAGCGUUGCUCAACAAAGAGGUGGCCGUGGACGACCCGUCCGUCACAUCGAAAUAGAACGCCAGUGUGGAUUUCGGGUCGAUAGCGCCGACCACCCACUCAGUUGUGCCUCCCUCUCCGAUAACGUUAGGAGACACGUUGGGUCCCUUUUUGUUGGUGCUGCUGCAUCCGCCCAUCACGCCGCUCACCUGCAGCUCCUUGGUGCAGAACACCUCUAUUUUAGCGCAAUAUCCCUGCUUCAAAUUUCCCGUUGA